AGAAGUAACAGAGACUCAACUCUUGAAGCCUGUCCUUGGAGAAAUAUGGCUAACAACGCAUCUCUUGAGCAGGACCAAAAUCCUCACUGCUCGGCUGUCAACAGCAGCAUCCCGCUGACCCAGGGCAAGCUCCCUACUCUAACCGUAUCUGGGAAGAUCCGAGUGACAGUGACUUUCUUCCUUUUCCUGCUCUCUACGGCCUUCAAUGCUUCUUUCCUGUUGAGGUUGCAGAAGUGGGCUCAGAAGAAGAAGAAAGGGAAAAAGCUCUCAAGGAUGAAGGUGCUUCUAAAGCAUCUGACCUUAGCCAACCUGCUGGAGACACUGAUUGUCAUGCCGCUGGACGGGAUGUGGAAUAUCACUGUCCAGUGGUACGCUGGGGAGUUCCUUUGCAAAGUUCUUAGCUUUCUGAAGCUCUUUUCUAUGUAUGCCCCGGCCUUCAUGAUGGUGGUGAUCAGCCUGGACCGCUCCCUGGCCAUCACUCAGCCCCUUGCUGUACAAAGCAACAGCAAGCUUGAGCAGUCUAUGAUCAGCCUAGCAUGGAUUCUCAGCAUUGUCUUCGCGGGACCACAGUUAUAUAUCUUCAGGAUGAUCUACCUAGCAGACAGCUCUGGGCCCGCAGUUUUCUCGCAAUGCGUGACCCACUGCAGCUUUCCGCAGUGGUGGCAUCAAGCCUUCUACAACUUUUUCACCUUCGGCUGCCUCUUCAUCAUCCCCCUCCUCAUCAUGCUAAUCUGCAAUGCCAAAAUCAUCUUCGCCCUCACUCGAGUCCUUCAUCAAGACCCACGCAAGCUACAGCUGAAUCAAUCCAAGAAUAAUAUCCCGAGAGCUCGGCUGAGAACUCUAAGGAUGACAGUUGCAUUUGCCACCUCCUUUGUUGUCUGCUGGACUCCCUACUAUGUCCUAGGAAUUUGGUACUGGUUUGAUCCGGAAAUGUUAAACAGGGUGUCAGAACCAGUGAAUCACUUCUUCUUUCUCUUUGCUUUUCUAAACCCGUGCUUCGACCCACUUAUAUAUGGGUAUUUCUCUUUGUAA